AUGGCAAAACCUGCGCUAAAAGCUGCUAGAGAGGCUUUGAGCACAAAAGAUUAUGAAGAAACUAUAACUCAGUGUGAAAAAGCUCUCUCUUUUGACUCUGAAAAUUAUAACGCUUAUGUGUUUCUAGGUGUUGCUAACUUUUCUUUAAGUAAGGAACUUGAGGCGAAGAAGGCAUAUCAAAAUGCAAUAGAAUUAGAUGAUAAACCUCUGCUUGCUUGGCAGGGUUUGUGGAACCUACAGGAAAAAUUCAAAGACAUUCAUGGGCUUCAUCAGUCAACAGAAGUGUUGGCUUAUAAGCUCAUGGAAGCCAAUGAGAGUGAAAAAUGUUUAAGUUUUGUGAAAAAGUAUUUAGAUCUCGUUCGUGAACAAGGAUCUAAACCUGAUCAAAUAAAAGCAUUGUCUUUACUGACGCCUAGUCAAGGUCAGUUAUAUCAAUUCCUUGAGGGUCGAAUUGAGCCUGUCCAAAGUUUGUAUAUGCAAAUGGCAGACUUGCAAGAGUUUCUUGAUCAUGACUACUAUCAAAGGGAAAUUAAUAAAAGAAAAAGCAGACUUGGCGCUCGCCUUGAUCAAGUAAUUCGCGAUGUGGAAAAAGAAAUCAUGGAUAAUUCUCCUAUCGAAAAUAUCUAUAUGGAAAUCAUUAAUUGGUCUCAGGAUGAUGAAAUUCGUCGCUUGACGGAAACUAAGUUACUGUACAUGUAUUUGAAACGACUCUACGCAUCUGACAGUCAAGGAAAGCCAAUUUGGCAGAACAAAGUUUGGGAACUUGUGCAAGGCAUGGUUACAUUACAUAUUCCGGAACCGACCGCGUGGACUAUUUAUUUGGAAUGGCAGGAUCAUUCAAAUAUCGAUCAAUUAAACUCUGGUGAGGUGACAGAGUUCUGUACUCUAUUUUCAGAAAACCCUUUAUCAAAAGCGUUGGCUGCAAUUCAAAAGUCUGAUUAUUGGAUGGAGACGCAUCCGCCGGAAGGAAGUGAGUCUGAUGAUUCCCCAUCUAAACAAAAUGAGAACUAUGAUGCAAAUCAAUCCAAAGACAAUCUGCUUUCACAAGAUCAAGUGCUGUCCAUAUUGACACAAGCCUAUCAGGAAUGCCCUCAAUCCUUGCUAAUUGCUGAAGUGUAUACCCAGUAUUGUGUUUACUUGAAAGAGUAUACUGAUGUAGUCCAGCUUAGCUUAUCAGCACUGAACACAUUGAAGAAGACAGAAUCAGACACAGGCCUUCAGUAUCAAGAACUACCAUAUGUUCUCUCUUUAUUCCUUGCUAUUGGUUAUUCUCAUUAUGAGGUGCCUAGGUAUUUAUUGCAGGCUGGAGAACUUUAUAAAAAGGUGAUAGCUCACGUACCGGAUAACUAUAGUGCUCUUAUUGGUUUAGCCGGUGUGCAAAUGGAAAAUGAGCAGUACGGGGAUGCCGCUCAAACGUUAAAGAGUGUGCUUAGGGAAAAUCCUGAAGAUCCUUGUUUAUCUCAGCUUUCGUGGUGUUACUAUAUGUUGGGAGAUCUCGAUAAAGCCAUGGAGCAGGUUCAAUUUUGCUUACGGAUUUUGCAAGGAAAAUCAAAAAAUAAGCCGGCUUUGGCAGAAGCUUACUAUCGUUUUGGUAUUUAUAUGACGAAGAGCAAAAUUGAAAAUUACGAAGAGGAAUCUUUUUCAGCCUUUGUUUCCUCUUUGCGCUGCGAGCCAAACUUUGCUUCCACUUACACCGAAUUAGGACAUUACUAUAAAAAUGUACAUGAUACUUCUCGUGCUAUGAAAUGUUACCAGAAGGCUUUUGAAUUAGAAGCGUCACAGACAGAUGCUGCUGAAGAAUUAGCUAAAAUGUUUGCUGAAGCCGAAGAAUGGGAGCUGGUGGAGGUAAUUUCCAAACGUGUGUUAAGUACUAGUCAAAACGACUUAAAGCGCAAAAGAAAGUUCAAUUGGCAUCAUAAAUCUUUGGGUGUCUUUCAAUUACAUUCCAAAAAUUUUCAAACCGCUAUUGUCCAUUUUCAAGCAGCCUUACGUAUUUUCCCCAAAGAUACGCAUUGUUGGAGUGGUCUAGGGGAAGCUUAUGCUCGGUCCGGUCGUUACAUAUCUGCUUCUAAAGCAUUCAACAGAGCCAGUGUAUUAGAUCCAAAUGAUUGGUACACGAAAUACUUUAUUGGUUCUAUUCAAAAAGAUAUGGGAGAGUUCGAGAAUGCAAUGGAAACGCUGUCAUCAGUAUUACAGUACCGUCCGUCCGAGUUAUGUAUACUGAUGUGUUUAGCGGAAAGUAGCCUACGACUUUCAAAGUACUAUAUUCAUCACGGUUAUUACCAAAGAUCUGCAUUGACUUCACAAAAGACAAUUGAUAUCUGCUGCACGAUUUUGAAUAUGGAUAAUAAUAUAUAUUCAUGUUGGAAAAUGCUCGGGGAUGCGUGCAUGAUAUUUUCGAAAUUAGGAAAGUAUCAUGCUGACUUCCCUGCGAACAGUGUUUCUGAUUUGUUAGUAUCCACGGAAUCAAUGAACCUUGCAAACAAUGGUCGACAGAUUAACAACAUGAUCUAUUUUCCAGAUUUAGAGAACAAGGAUCCUAAUUAUAUGAUUGCCUGUGGAUGUACCUGCUUUACUAUUUUAUUGUCCCUUUCAGCCGAUGAUAGAUUUUUGUUACCAGCAUCGUGGUACAAUACAGGUGUUUCAUAUUUUACUUUGUUUAAUUGCGGUAAAAACAAGCUAUAUUUGGAAGUCGCUAUUGAUUGUCUUAAGCAAGCUAUUAAACUAGAGCCAAAAAAUAAUAACUUCUGGUGUAUGCUUGGUGUCUUAUUGUCCAACAGUUCUGCUAUUCGAGCUGCGCAACACUGCUUUGUUCAAGCCUUGCAAAUAAACGAAAGAGAUGCUGAUGUUUGGGUAAAUUAUGGAGCUCUUUGUUUACAAAUUUUGGAUAUUGAAUGCGCAGAUACUGCAUUCACGCGCGCUAUUUCCAUAGACCCUGAUAAUUCGCGUGCAUGGCUGGGAUAUGCGUAUUGUUCAAUCUCUGUAGGAGACCAUGGAAAGAAUGUUCAAGCUCUACAGCAUGCUUUUGAAAUCUCAGGCGGAAAUAUACGAGAUGUUAAUUACUGGUUUGCAAGCACUAUGCUUGCUUUGGCAAACUUGGAGCAAGAAAAAGACGUUCUUAAGUUAUGGAAUGCUGUGUAUGCCAUCAAACGCUAUCUUUCUGAAAUCCCUAACGACGCCUAUGCCAAAUUCAUAAGAAGUAGCCUUUUGGAACAUUUGGAAGAACCGAAUGACAGUGCUCAAACUGCGCAUGAGCUUUGCCAAUUGCUGGAGAAAGAGUAUGAUGCUACCGAGUCUGCUAGUGCACUUGAAAAAUACGUUGAUGCCAAGGGACAGUUGGCAAGAUUAUGUUUACGACUGAACAAGUUUGAGGAGUCUUCCGAGAAUGCUUCUGUUGCUUUGGACUUGAUCAAUGAAGAAGACACUGGUGCUAAGCAAAUCUCUUUGGGCUUGAAUCUUACGUGUGGAUUGGCGGCGUACUUCCUAAGUAAUUUGGAACAGGCUCUACAACAUUUUGAGAAAUCUCUCGAGUUGGGAGAAUAUCACCCGGAUGUUGUAAUACUUGUCGCAAAGGUACUGUGGGCGUUGGGAAGUGAAACCGGUAAGCAGGCAGCAAGAGAGCAGCUACUUUCAGUGACUGAACAACAUCCUGAACAUAUCGACUCCCUUGUGUGCCUGGGUGCCAUUGGUGUUGCUGACAAGGACACUGCUAUGAUGGCGGCAAUCCAAGAGGCCCUUUUAAAUAUAAACAAGGACAAGGUCACAAACCCAGAAACACUAGCUGUGAUAGAGAAGUUACUAACGAUUCUAACAACGGCAUAUGACCCGAAAGAAUUACAAGCUUUACUUCUGCAGCAACUAUUUAUACAUCCCAAUGCAGCCGCCACUUGGUCUUCACUCAUACAGCAAAGAUACACUUCGCCCUCAGUAGCUACAGCUUUUGCUCGCACUCUAUAUACACAUCCUUCUGAACCUGCUGAUUUAGCAGAAGCAUAUCGACAUCAGAAAACGGUGAGUCAAGCCCAGGUGUCCGUUCAUUUAGUUCCAUGGGAGGCAGAAAACUGGAAUUCGUUGGAACAAACAAUUCAGUCUUCAUGA